AAAGCGAGAAAGAUGAAUUUCGUUGUGGCAUGACGUUGGCUUCAAUGUCGCCAGAACAUAGUGAAGACGAGCAGACAGCCAUCCGAGACGAUUCCUCUUCUUCGGAUCCCGAAGAAGCCGGCCAAGUGGCAAGGAAAAUCAUAAAAGUGAAAAGACUAUCCUGCAGGAGUGACAGAUUUACAAAAAUAUUGGAUGCUCUGAACAGAGAGCACCUCAGAAAG